UUGACUGCGUCAACAUUUUUAUACAAAAAGUAGGUAAAUACAACGGGCGAGACCGCGUUACUUUUUUCUCAAUCUGCAUUGGCUUGUAAUAGUACUUGAUUAGUAUUUUAUGCCUUAAUCUUGAGACGAUACCUUAUUCAAUUGUGCCAAUAAUACAAGUACUUCCUCAACGAACAGAAAAAUAUCGCGGUAAUAAUUGUAGAUACGCAAAAAUGUUGAAAACCAAACAUAUUUGAAAUCUAAGAAACAUAAAAAUACAAAAAUAUGUAGGUAAAAAUAAUAUCAAAAAUUCAUACUUAUAUGGUAAUAGCAGUAGUGUUCUCGGCCGAAUUGAAAUUUCAGGUCUUCAGUGAGCAUGCGCAAAUAUAAAGACAUAAAAUGAAAUAAAAGUAGUAGCAGAGCACAAGAAGAGUUCAUUUUCAAAAAGAUACCAGAUCGAAGAUACAUAUUCAUUCAAGCAGUUGAGCAAGUAUAGUUGAUUAUUCUUCAAAAUGUUUGGAGAAACUGUUUUAGUUAUAAACGGGCAAGAAUAUGUUGAAAUUGAAACAGAAAAAGAAGACACUAUUGAACAAAGUGUGUGUGAAGUGGAGGAGGAUGAUGAUAAUACCAGUGGUGAUAAAAAUACUGGGGGUCUGGAAAAGUCCGAUUACGAUGAACAGUAUUCGAAUGAAGAAUGUGAAAUAAAAAUCGAAGAGGAAGACAUCUACAAGCGAAUCACUAAAAGAGAAGCAGACGAGAACAAUAUUAAUUUCGAUGGGCAAUCAACGAAAAUUUUGAUGAGGCAGUAUAGUGAUUCAGCCAACGUUGAUGAGCAACUGAAAUUGAAGGAGCGUAAAUGUGAUUUCACUACUGGAGAGAAUUCUUCCCUAAAAAUUCACAUCGAGAGUGGGCAUUUGAAUUCGAGGGAAAACCAGUGUCACCUAUGCGAUUAUGCCGCGAAACGAAGAGGUUACUUGAAGGUUCAUAUUGAAAAUGUUCAUAUGAAUCUAAAAAAACACCAGUGCGCUAUGUGCGAUUAUAAAACAUGCGUCAAAAACAGCUUGAAAAUGCACAUAAGCUCCGUGCAUUUGCUCAUUUGCAGCUCAAACAAUUCAAGUGCGAUUCGUGUGAGUAUAUCGCAAAACGGAAAUGCACCCUUAGAGACCACGUGGAAGCAGUGCACUUGA